AUGGCUGCAGCCUGCUUCAGCUGCGGUAGCAAGACGAAGGCAUCGCUGCUUUUACUGAUCAUCCUUCUUCCGGAUUUGUCCUGCUGUGCGGCAAAUGAGGAUGACGCCUUGGCUGAGAGCUAUGACAGCUAUGACAAGUGUGCAGAUACUCGGACAGGGUCGUCUUGCAGUGAAACUCGCAGCCGGAGGCAUUGGCCUCACGCUCAGCCCCUAAAGGAGGCUCAUUUGCAUGAAGCCUUGGAGCCUGUUCCCAAAGGAUGGAGCAAGGCCAAAGCGUCGAUCCUUCAGCAGGAAAUGCUGGAAUUAGAGCUUUUGUCCGAGUUGUAUCAGCAACGCCUGAGCAUUCUGGAGGACCUCCAGAAGGGUCUGCAAAUGGGGCUGGGAAGACACCUGCCUUCGUCGAAUGUUCGGGCGCUGCAGCAGAGUAUGCCUCCACUCUCCGAACAAGUUAUUCUCGGAGUGCCGCCUGCUGCGGUGACGGAUGAGGAUUAUUCCGACGAAGUAGGAGAAUCGGCAGCAGGAAGCACGUCGACGGCGACGGCAAUCGACGACUUCUUGGUAUCCAAAGCAGUGAUUCCACAGGAACCCCCCGCGACGCACAUCGGACUGAUGCCGCUGCGAAACCACCGGUCAUCAGCCCCAGCUCCAACAUCCCAGGUUGCGAUGCCCACCGUACUUCUGGUGGUUGUUCAAGCGGACGGCGACAUUUGUUUGUACACUGCGUCUGGAGACCUGGCAUUGGCAUUCCGGUCUGGGCAUAAGCAGGCAAUUGUGCAAAUGGCUGUGUCCCCAAUGCAGGACGAAUACGUCGUCGCGACUGUGGAUUCGGCAGGAGUUAUGCGUGUACAUCGGCUUUUUGUGCGCCCGCGACGCGGCCCACAAGAACAGAGGCGAAGGGUCACCAAUCCGGAUGAAGAGAAGGUUUCGAAUCACCUGGGAUCGCCGGCGAACAUCACCGUGCAAUUCAAUUUAGCCACACGAGUUCCACUGAUAGAUGGAAACCUUAACCAGUCGUCGCAGCCACACCUGACAGCUUUCAUAAUGACUUCAACGCAAGGCGUCAAGUACUUCGUAGCAGGUGAUUCGGUCGGUUGGAUUUCGGUUUUCACCCGGAAUGGAACGCUGCACGGCAGGAUUCGGGUCAGCAACAGCCUGCCCGUGGCCGGCAUCAGUGCGCAUCUUGGAAAUGUAGUGUAUGUGGCCGGCCACCAGUGGGGGUUCAUCGACCUGGAGAAAGCGACUGCUCGGAACUUUAUCUGCCACAAGUACGAAACCUCGCUGGUCCAUGCGGCUGUUACAGAUACUGCUCUACAGUCUCGUGUCAUUGCUGCAGAUCAGGAUGGGACAUUGUGGGUUUUCGCGACUCGCGACAAGAGAGACUGCAAGGUGGAACAUCGCUUUCCCAGAGGGGCAGCACGCACACCUUUGUCCUUGUCCUCGGUUCGGGGCUUCGCUUUGGCUUUGGAAGCAUCACGAACCUUCAGCGGAAGGUCAGAGAUGAUCGCCUUCAACAUGUCGCAUGUGGGCAAGGGUUGGGAUGAUUCAGCCCGGGAUAUGUCGCCCAUUGCCUGGAGAAAAAGCAGCCGACCAGUUCGCGACUGGGCAGUUCAGCGCCGAUACCAAGAAGGAGAUCUCCUCGCAAUGCUUUCGCAGGAUGGCACUGAAAUUGAGAUCUUCGAGCUGAUGAUGCAAGUCUACCAGCCACCUCCGGGCGACUUGUUGGGGAACUUCAAGCUCCCGGUCUUUGCAGCAGCGAUGAUUCUGGUCAUGGGAUAUCAGUUUGUCAAGCAGAAAGGCCCCUUCGACCCUGGAGCUGCUGAAGGAGAUGGCUGA